GUUGUAACAUUGUAACGUGCAUUGUGAAAUACAUUGAACAUCUGUUGACUGACUAAUAUUGAGAUAUUGAUAGUUUAUGAGACUAUAAACUUGAAUACAUAUCUUGAAGGCAUAUGUCAGAAAUUGAGAGUUGUUUGUGAAUUAUUCAACAUAGGAAUGAACUCUGUCAUAGAUCUUUCUAGACUUCUAGACCCAAUAAAGAAAAGUAGGAUUGGGGGUUCGAAGCUCAGCCAACUUAAAUCCCGCAUUAACAGAAUUAACCCAGUCGUCCAUGUUAGGUGUGUGUUCUCCCCACGCCCUCCUUAUCUCUUACUGUCUUACUGUCGGGACACACACUCAAUUCUCCAGCCAUCAUCUGCCUGCACAACACACAGGUAGGCUUUCCAUACAAUUCAAUCAUCCUUACAAUGUGAUUUAUUGAUAUAAUAGUACAAACAUAUGUGUACCAUAUGUGUAAAUCCAUUUUUUGUAUUUAACUUGCAGGAUUCAUUUUGGCCAAGCGGUCAAGCCAGUGAAGACAUAUUUUGAACAAAGGAGAGGUUCAGGUGGCCUAGGAGAAGAAAAACUCAGGUGGCAAAUAUUUGCCGGUGAGUUUGUCAGAACACAUAACUAAGAACUAAAAGCAACUACAAUGGGAAAUACAACCAGUAGCGCAAUAUCAAAGGAGAUCCUGGAGGACCUGAAGCUCAGCACCAAAUUCACUGAAACUGAGAUCUCCCAAUGGUACGAGAACUUUCAGCACCAGUGCCCAACGGGACGCAUCUCACCAGAGGAGUUUGAGCAGAUCUACACUCGCUUCUUCCCUGACAGCGAUGCAAAGAGCUACGCACGACAUGUGUUCCGCUCCUUCGACACCAACGAUGACGGCACUUUGGACUUCAAGGAGUACAUCAUUGCACUGCACAUGACCUCCACAGGGAAGACCACCCGAAAACUGGAGUGGGCUUUCUCGCUGUUUGAUGUGGACAAGAACGGAUACAUCAACAAGACAGAAGUGACAGAGAUCUGCCAGGCCAUAUUUAAGCUGAUCCCCAAGGAGGAGCAGAGCAAGCUAAAAGACGAUGAGAACACACCCGAGAAGAGAGCCAACAAGCUGUGGUCUUACUUUGAAAAGAAAGACAACGAGCGGCUGGCUGAAGGAGAGUUCAUCAAAGGAGUGAUUGAAAAUGAGAAUGCAAUGCGUCUUAUCCACUAUGAACCAAUGAAACAAUAGAGUCAACAACGCUUCAUCCCCUCUCAUUAGACUCUUCAUAACAUUCAUUUCUUUCCUCGUCCCCUCCGAGCCUCAGGUGCUUCCUCCUCCCUCCUCUCUGAUCCACUCAACAUCUCUGUGUAAAUAUUCUUCUCUGCAGUGUCUUGGUUGCAACUAACUUUUCAGUAAGUUUAUGUCACAUUGUUUUACUGAUGUUUGUCCAUGAAUUUAUAUCAAAUAGGAGCUAAAAGAGGCAUGGUAGUGUUUUAAAAUGUGUGUACAGCUAAAAAGAAGAUAUAUGGUUGACCAUUAUUGAAACGAUAAGUUAUAUUAGGGCUGGGUAUCAUUUACGAUUAAAUUGUAUGAAUUAGGUGCUGCAGAGUUGCCCAGCCUACAAAUCAAAUUCUACAGACUUAAGAAAAGUCUUUGCUUGUUAGAGAUUCAUCACACUAUCAUUUUUAUAUAUUUUUCAUUAAAAAAUAUGAAUAAUCAAUUCAAUCAAAUAUUGAGACAUAUUGCGACAUAUCAGUAAAAACAAUUGCAGUAAAAUAUUUUUUCUGUAUCACUUUAAAGGAACUCAUAUUGCUACUGAUAUUAACCUUUUUAAAAGAUGCCCAGCCCUACCUAAUAUAUAUUUAGGUGUAUGAUAAAUAUUGUCUUAUUGUUAUUCUGUUAAAUUGUUCAAAUUAAAUUUACGCUCUGGUGAAAUUAAUGGUAAUGGCAAUAAUAUAAGUACAAUAUCUGAUUGUUAGCUUAUUAAGGUGUUUUUUUUUUACAGACCUGGAAAUGUCUUAAUAAAGGUUGUAGCUCUCAUGUCUCAUACUGUAUUCACUGUACAAUCAAUUAAAGGUUUUCUCAUAAAUCUGUGCUUUGAAAAUCAUUUCAUUUGGAUUUCCCAGAAAACAAUUAAUUGUUCCAUGACCUAGCAACAUACGGAAUAAUGAAAUGCUAGCAAAAGGUCUUAAACUCAUACUAUGUUCAUCCCAAGCAGUAAAUCCAUGAGUAUCCCCCAGUAUCAAA